AUGAUCGCGCACUGCCCGGGCUGCGGUUACUCCAUCAUGUGGCGACAAUCCGUGUAUUCUCACGUAGCUAGUAGUGCGGCAUGUUUAUUAAUUAUUUUUAAGUCGAAUCAAUUAAACAUUCAUUUUUGUUAUGUGAUUAAUAAAUUUUGCUUAUUGGAAAUGCCUAAUGGUAAAAAAUCGAAUAAACGUCGGCAUGAACAAAUAUCUGAACCUGAAAAGCAAACAGUCCUAAAACAAACAAAACGCGUGGUCACAAAAACAUUCACAUCACAAAUUGAUUUAGCACAAGAAAAUGAUAGUUUUAAAGAAAAUGAUUCCGAUUGUUGUUGUUCAUCGUCUGAGAAAAAAGUAGACUUUGUUCAGUUAGAAAUGAAAUUAGUUGUACAAAAAUUUGGUCCAUUAUCAAAAGCAAAAGCUUUAAAACUUGUCACUCCUUAUUUUAACGAUCCUGGACAAGAUAAAAUAAUCAAAUCAAAUAUGUUUAUAGGUGCACAUGUGUCGGUGAAAGGUGGCGUUGAUAAUGCUAUAGAAAAUAUUCAGAAACUGAAUGGACGUGCUGUAGCCAUGUUUUUACGAAGUCAGCGACAAUGGAAUGCAAAACCAUUGACAGAUGCGGUAGCAACCAAUUUUCGUACGUUAUGUGAAAAGUAUAAUUUUAAAUCACAUCAAAUUCUUCCACAUGGUAUUUAUUUAAUGAAUUGCGGUUCACCAGAUGCCAAAUUGCGAAAACAAAGUGCUGAUUGUUUGUUAAGUGAUUUUCAACGAUGUGAAAAAUUAGGAAUUACAAUGCUUAAUUUUCAUCCAGGUUCAAGUACUGGUAAAACACCAAUCGACUCUUCAAUUAAACAUAUAGCAGAAGCAGUUAAUUUGGUUUUAUCAAAGACGAAAGGAGUAACUGCUGUACUUGAGAACAUGUGUCGGCAAGGAUAUACAAUAGGUGGCGACUUUCAUGAAUUACGUUCAAUUAUUGAUUUAGUUGAUGAUAAAAGUCGUGUGGGUGUUUGCCUUGAUACAUGCCAUGCGUUUGCCGCAGGCUAUGAUUUAUCAAAUGAAGAUGGUUAUAAUAGUAUGAUGAAUGAAUUUGAGAGUAUUAUUGGUAUAAAAUAUUUGAAAGGAUUACAUUUGAAUGAUUCAAAAGGCGAAUGUAAUAGUCAUCUCGAUCGUCAUGAACACAUUGGUUUUGGUCAUAUUGGUCUAGAUGGAUUUCGUCGCAUAAUGAAUGAUAAACGCUUUUGCAAUAUUCCAAUGGUACUGGAAACGCCGCCUGAUGAUGGAGUAUUAUACGAAAAUGAAAUUCGGUUGUUGUAUAAUCUUAUCGAAUAG